AAGAGCAGUGCCGGGAGUGCGGUGGGCAAAGAAAACCGGGAGCUUUAGGAGCCACUCAAGAAUUUGGAAAUGAGCGAGGAGAAGCCAGGCAUGAAUACCCCUAAUUCACAAGAGGAGGACGUGCAACAAACCGAGGAAGCUGCAGGAGAGGCCACUGGAUCUAACAAUGGGAUGAAGAAGAAAACUUCGCAGAAGAAGCAGAGGAGCAGACGUAUAUCCCAGCCAGCCAGGAACAUCGUUGGGUGCCGUAUUUCCCACGGAUGGAAGGAAGGCAACGGUCCCAUCACACAGUGGAAGGGAACAGUUCUUGACCAGGUGCCGAUUAACCCCUCUCUUUACCUCGUGAAAUACGAUGGAAUUGAUUGUGUGUAUGGAUUAGAACUUCACCAGGAUGAAAGAGUGUUAGCCUUAACAAUUAUGUCGGAGAAGGUAGCAUCAUCUCAAGUUAGCGAUGCUAAUCUUGCAAAUACCAUCAUUGGCAAAGCAGUGGAACACCUGUUUGAGGGUGAGCAUGGUUCUAAGGAUGAAUGGCGGGGGAUGGUGCUAGCACAAGCACCUAUCAUGAACGCUUGGUUUUACAUCACCUAUGAGAAAGAUCCGGUUCUGUACAUGUACCAGCUUCUAGAUGAUUACAAAGAAGGUGAUCUUCGCAUUAUGCCAGAGGCCAGUGAGAGUGGUCUAACAGACAGGGAGCUAGGAGUAGUAGUAGAUGGUCUGAUAGGAAAACAUGUGGAAUAUACCAAAGAAGAUGGCUCCAAAAGGAUUGGCAUGGUCAUUCACCAAGUGGAAGCCAAACCCUCUGUAUACUUUAUCAAGUUUGAUGAUGAUUUUCAUAUCUAUGUCUAUGAUCUGGUGAAAAAGACUUAACUGUUUAGGGUAAAAUUGGCCACAACUGUGAAAAUAAACAGUUUGUUGAAACAUACAACAAAUGUUGUUCUUCAGUGUAUUGAAGAAGUUGAAGGGUCCCUAAUGACCAAACAUUUUGGACAGUAUAAUGGUUGUUGUGUUCUGAAAAAUACAAAUUUAUGUGAAUGUGACACACUGUGUGUAAGGACUAUGUCUUUGGUGGGUAGGGCAUGAAAGGAAGGAGCAGCUGUCAAUUCAACCUGCGAAUAAAGUGCAGCUAGUAUGACCAGUCAUCUAAAAAUGGAAUGGGACUUAACUGGUCUAGUCUUUGGGGAGGGGAAGGAACUAGAGAUGGGCUGUGGGUUAAAGUAAGGAGAUGCCUGCUUAGGAAGAGGUGGAGAGGUGCCAGAAAAGUGGGAGGCUUCCUGAAGGAGAAUCAGGGGAAAAGAUCCAGGAGGGAAGAGAAUGAAGGAUGAAAAGAUAAGAGAGUGAUUUUGGAGCUUAGGUUAAAAAAAUAAAUUCAGUAGAGAAAGAAAGCUUAGAAAAUGACCAGCAUAGUCAAGGAAAGUUAAAGUUGGUGGAGAUAUGUGGAGAGGCUAAAAGACAGACAAAAGGAUGGUUAAAGCAAGGUUAGUGUGACCCACCAGGGAAAGAUCCAUUAAGGACAAAUUCCAGGAAGAAAAAAAAAAGUGACUCAGUGAGUGAGAUUAUAAACUAGGAAGUGUGGAGAGCAGAUCCCAGGAGGACUAGGAAGGCCCAGGGAAAAAUUAGACUCCUAACAGUAUUGUUGCCAUUUCUUAUGUGCAUAAAUAUAGUGUAAAAUAUCAAACAAAGCAGGUGCAUUGGAGCUUCCUUAAAAGGACAUUUAGACAGGGAUAUCUCCAGUAAAUUCAGCAGGAGCCAAGUUUUUACUUAUAAGACUUCAGAAGCUCUAGGUAAUAAACUUUAUCUGGUAAAACUAGAACCUUGUUGGUUGAGCCCAGGUACAGCAGUCUCAUCUCUGUUACAGCUUUUGCUAGAAUAUUCCUUGCUUGACCAGAGAAGAAGCACAUCAGAAGAUUGAGCCUUAAGUU